ACAGGCAGGGGAAAACCCACUCAGCACUCGCCCUGGCUGCACUAUAAAAGGCUCGCAGCAGCUGCUCUCUCCUCACUCCUUCACCGCAGUAGGAUCUUAAAAGCCUGCUUGAGCUCUCCUCUUUCUGCUCCCAAGGAUCUGUGCACGUCUUUUAUCUCAACAGCAAAAAUGGCCUUGUCACAGAAAAGCUGCGCUUUCCUGCUCGUUGUGGUGGCAGCAGUUUACAUACAGGUCUAUCAAGCUCAUGAUUUUCCUGGACGUUGCUUAUGUAUCAACACAGUGUUCAUCAGAGCCAACAUAACAGACUUCGAAGUCUUUGAAAAGCGGCCUGGAUGCGAUAAAACUGAAUUAAUUGUAACAGUGACUGAGGCAGACAACUCCACACAAAAACUCUGCAUGAACACUGUAGGAAAGAUGGCCAAGGCUUUUUUUAGAUGCUGGCAAAGGAUAAACAAAGAGGAUGGCCGUAAGAAAGAGUGCAUCGACAGAAUGAGAAAGGCAGAGUGAAAGUGCAACAGAGAGGAGGCCUGACUGAAGGGGAAAGUUAUCUGGACUGGAGUCCCACAGAUCGCGGAGUGCAGAGUGUAACACACAGGGCCAAGAAUGCUGAGAGCAGAACGUUCACUGAACUCCUGCACCGGAGAGGAUUGGGAAAUGACAGCGAGAGAGGAGCGGUGGAAGGGAGACGAUUAACAGCUGGGAGGCAGAGAGGGGAGAGAACCGAGUGAAGAAGAGAAGUUAGGGGAGGAAGAGAUAGAUAAUGUAAAUAUAGGUACAGUACUAUAGCAGCAAGUCUGUAUAAGAAGGUCAUUGUUGAAAAGCACACUCCUUUAUUUUUUGUUAACUGUUAUUUAUGUGGUUUAUUUAUUAUCAAAUUUUUAUUCAUUUAAUUUUUUUUUUAAAUUGCAAAUAAAAUGGAUUUUGAUAGAA